AUUCAGUCACCACAGCAAUUAUGGACGCGGAACUUCUGUUGAUCGACAAGGUCGAGCUCCGCAUUGCCUUAGCUGCUACAGCGCUGCAAUUUGAAGCGGCCAUAAAGGUGUACUUGUCACCGCUUUUGCUCAAACUCGCCAGCCCGCACGCUCCCGUUCGCCAGCAGAUUCUCCAGACCAUCCAGCACUUGGUCACACGGAUCAACGCGUACCCAGAGAUCCAACUCCCAGUUUCCGCCCUAAUGGCCCAGGUCAAGGCGCCGUCGGUCCCCGCUGGCGCCGACGCCUACACCGUUCGGAUCUACUCGCUUUUGUUCAUUUCCCGCGGCAUUGACCGCAUGUCCCCCCUGGAGAUGACGGAAUUCCUCCCAGAGUUGGUCAAAGGCAUUAGUCUGUUCACCCAGCCGGUAGUUGCUGCGCGGAUCUUCAGCUGUGUGUGUAAAAUUCUCGUUGCGGUGACGCCCCCCCAACAAGCAUCCAUUGAAGCUCACGCCUUGAGAGCAGCCUUUGUGUUUGAUGACACUCCUGAAGAUGAAUCCCUCUUGUGUGGCUGGUUGACCAAGUUGUUUUUGUUACAACCAGCGCCUGGAGAUAAGAGCUACCCCUGCCCCGGGUUGCUGGCCACCGACGUGGCCUUCCUCACCCAGGACGCUGGGGUGAGCUUUACCAGCGACUUGCUCACCGAAUACAAGCGUCAAAUCCUCGCUUUUGUGGCCUGCGGAUGCUUCAAGGACUCGGAGAUCCAGACAUUGGUAGUGAUUGCCACCGUAGACGGCUCGUCCUCGAUUAACGACCUCGCUGAUACGGUAAUCCGCAAGCUUUCCAUUGGAUAUGAGAGCCGUGCGCUAAUCUCAUCGUUGUUUGCGCUCUUCCUCGGCAACGCGACGCAACCAGCGGUGAAACCCACGCUCCAAGCGCGGAUAUUGGCAGUUUUGUGUCAGAGUAAGCUUGCCGCACACCACCCCGACGUCUCAAGGGUCUCCUCCAUCGGUCUCAACUCGGAUUACACCAGGUUGAAACAGAAUACUGUACUGUUUGUCAAGUGGGUCGCACAGAGUAUUGGGGAGAUUGACGAUCCCUUCUACGUCAGCAUUGCGGCCCAGUUGAAGCAGAACCUCUUGGCCGAGGGUUGGCCGCAAAUGGACACAUCCGUGGUCAAAAACUACAGCGGGGCUAUAGCUCAGAGACGGUCCCAGUACGAGGCCCUCGGGAGCAUCUUGAAGCGCCAGCCAGGGCUUCUCCAAGAACUGUCGUUGCUGUACUUGGGCUUUCUCUUUGACUCGCUUGCCGGCGACACCGCUGAGUUACGUCUGACCAUCCAGGACAGUUUGUCCGGCUUGACCGUCCAUUUACCUGGUCUUCCCGCCCCCUUGAAAGCCCAGCUAAAGACCAUGUUGGGGGACUAUCUCAUCACUGCCUCUGGCGAUGCGGAUGCUCUCUCCUCUCUCCGCUAUGUUGCUAUCAAAUACGUCAAUUGCGCCUUUUCCUUUGAUGAUGCCGAGGCCAGAAUGCUCUGCAUUUUCGGCUGCUCGAGCCAGAACCGAGCCGACAUCAUCGAGGAAGCCUCGAAGGGCCUCCACCCGUACUGGUUCAACAUCUUGCAAUCGUCCAACACCACCGAGUUCCGUUCGACCCCCGCGUUGUUGGGCAGCCAGAACACCCUCGGCUUCCCGCGUUUUGUAGAGAUGGUGGAUGUCUUAUUGGCUUCCAAACACGCGUUGCGCUUCGCGAUGGAUCGUGCGGUGGAGUUCGUUGUCCGCAGCUUGGUCAUGGAGGCGAUCCAAGGCCGGACCACCGUCGUGGUUCCCGACCAGGAGUGGGAAAUCCGUGUGGACAAGGCCCUUGAGUUUGACGAGACGGUGAAUGGUCUUCUCCGUGUGCGUCUCAACGAGGACGACCCAAUGGAUGGCCUGUCUCUGGAGUUGGCAUUGUUUUUAUCGUUGAUUGUAGAUGAAUUCACCUUGACAGCAAAUGUUUUCCAAGGAAGCAACGCUAGCUUUGGCAGAAUCUUUACCAAGUUGGCCUCGCUUGUGCCUGAUGCUACGGUUGCGAUGUUUUUGCCAGAUAUCACUCGCUUCGAGGCCGUCAGGAGGGCCACCACCCUGGAAGCUGUCGUCCAGUACGCGGCCAAGGCCGUGGCGGUCGUAGGCUCACAUCCCUCCAACCCGGACUCUUGUGUUACUGACCUCAUAGAGUCUUUAGUGCAGCCGGAGCUGACAUCCAAGGGGGAUCUCUUGGUGCUUGGGGGGUUGGUUGCGCGGUUGACCCUCCGCGGCCGCGUCGUUUCCGUGUUGCCUCGCGUCUUGGACGUCAUCCUCGCGGCCUUGGCCAACCCAAAGCUUUACGAAACAGCCUUGGAAGCUGUUUCUCAACUAGCUAUGCUUGGGUCACUCAGCUUGCCCGAGGCACUAGGCUUCUGGACCGCUGCCGUGGCCGUCAUCGAGCCGCGGGUGCGGAAAUUGGACGAAAAGUCAACGCUUACCUGGGCAUACCUCGCUAUCGCCCAGCCAGAGGCGUCAGAGUCACCGUUUGAAUCCGUUUUAUAUUCCACCCAUGUUUCAAAACAGGUGGAGUACUUGUUCACCAGCGGUGAGGCCUUUGCUAUCGUGGCGGCCGGCUGGGACGCCAAGAUUCUCGCACAAAAGACGGAUAUCCAGGGUAAACCGGCUCUCGUUCCGUCCCGGGGCACUCGCUUGCCUCUCAUCCUCCUCCUGGUGAUGAAGGCGUGCCUCGAAACCAAGCCAGCGUUGCGUAAGGCCGGCUGCAUCUGGCUCUUGUCGCUUGUGCAGUACUGCGGGCACUUGCCUGCGGUCCAGCUGAAGGCGGCAGAUAUCCAUCUCGUGUUCAUGCGCUUCCUCGCGGACCGAGACGAGUUGGUCCAGGAGUCUGCCUCGCGAGGGUUGAGCAUUGUCUACGAAAUGGGGGAUGCAGAGCUCAAGGACACGUUGGUCCGUGGUUUGCUCAAGUCGUUUACCGACUCCACCACGUCCUCCUUCACCUCUGGGUCUGUUUCCCACGACACCGAACUUUUCGAGCCCGGCGUGAUGAACACGAAUGAUGGAUCGGUUUCGACCUACAAAGAUAUCCUCAACUUGGCGUCGGAGGUCGGAGAUCCAAGUUUGGUGUACAAGUUCAUGUCUCUUGCAAAGAAUUCGGCCCUUUGGUCCUCCCGCAAGGGUAUUGCCUUUGGCCUCGGCUCGAUUCUCUCAAAGUCUGCGUUGGACGACCUCCUUGUCAAGGACUCCCGUCUCUCGUCACGGCUCAUACCGAAGCUCUAUCGCUACCGGUUCGACCCCAACACUUCUGUGGCCAAGUCCAUGGGUGAUAUUUGGAACCUGUUGAUCGCCGACAGCACUCGUGCGGUCACAGACAACUACGAGGAAAUUUUGGCUGAUCUCUUGAAGAGCAUGGGCCACAAGGAGUGGCGUGUGCGCCAGGCGGCCACUGCGGCGUUGAUUGAGUUGCUCCAGACGGUGCCGUUGGAGACGUACGAGCCGCAGUUGGAAGAGAUCUGGCAGAUGGGAUUUCGUGCGAUUGACGAUAUCAAAGAGAGCGUCCGGAAGGAGGGGAACCGCUUGACCCGGAGCUUGACCACCACAUUGGUCAGAAGCAUUGACGUCGACCACGGGGCGUCGCAGCUGCGUGCAAGCUCUGUGCUCGGCAAGCUCAUUCCGUUCUUGCUCGGGGGUAAGGGCUUGCUCGGGGACGCGGAGGAGGUGCGUAAUUUUGCGUUAGAGACGAUUUUGAAGUUGUGCACAAAGACCGGCUCGGCGAUCAAGCCGUUUAUUCCAACGUUGCUUGAGCAGAUGGUUGUGCUCAUGUCGACGUUGGAACCCCAGAUUGUGAACUAUCUCGCGUUGAACGCCGACAAGUACAACGUGAGGGCGUCGGAUCUUGAUGCCAAGAGGUUGCAGAGCGUGGGGCAUUCUCCCAUUAUCGAGGCGAUGGAGCGGUUGCUUGACCUUGUGGAUGAUUCCACGAUGGAGCAGGUGGUACCGGCGGUGGUUUCGGCCAUCAAGCGGUCGAUCGGGUUGCCCUCCAAGGCUGCCGGGAGCCGGAUCAUGGCCACGCUAGUGUUGAAACACCACAUGCUGACAAAGCCCUACGGGGAUGUGUUGCUCAAGACUGCGAUCGGGCAGAUCGGCGACCGAAACGACACCAUUGCGUCGUCCUACGCAACGGCUGCUGGAUAUUUGUGCCGUAUUGCCUCGGUGGACCUCACGCUCCGCUUGGCAAAGAAGCUCCAGACCAUGUACUUUGAGGGAGAUGACAGAACGCGAAUGGUUGCGGGGAUCGCCAGCGAGGCGGUGAGCAAGUACUCUGGCGACCGGUUUGCCAGUCUCGCGGCGGCGUUCUUGCCGUUGGCGUAUAUCGCCAAGAACGACCCUGAGGAGGGUGUGAGUGAACCGUUUUCCCGCGAGUGGGCAGACAACACAUCUGGAAACGGUGCCAUCCGGCUCUACUUGUCGGAAAUCACCGAGCUUAUCCAGGCGAACUUGACAUCCCAGCUGUACUUGAUUCGGAAGGUUGUUUCGCAGGCCAUUGCCGGGGUCUGUGCCGCCUUCAGUGAUUCUUCUGUGGAUGUGGCGAGCGUGGGCGAGAAGAAUAUGGCCCAGCUCUUCACGGUGUUGUUGGAGGCGUGCAAGGGGCGUUCCUGGGCUGGAAAAGAGCACGUGUUGGAUGCCUUGGUGUCGCUUGCAAUCAAGUUCCAGGCAUACGUGGAGAUCCAACCGGCAUUGGGGGAGGCCAUUGCUCGCACAGUGUUGGUGGAAGCUAAGCGAAAGAACCGCGCCUACGCGAAGCAUGCGAUCAAAAGUUUGGGGCGGUAUCUUGGGGUAUACCAGGACGAGGUGGAUGAAUACAUUGAAAUUGUCACUGCUGCGUUGGACGAUGAAUACUAUGAGGACGAGUCGGAUGACGAAGAGACAAAGCCGAGCAACAAGUCUUCGCAGAGGAAUCUUUUGCGCGAAGAGGAGCGUUUGGAGCUUGUCAGGUCGCUUGUGGCAGCCUUUGCGGUGUCGCCCCAUGGGGACAUACAUGCCGAGCUUUUUGUGGUGGUGUUGCAGUCUUUGACAAAGAUUUUUGCGUCGUCGCUUGUCAUCCCCACGUGGAAGUCCGAGCUUGUCGCCGUUGAGGGCUUGCACGCUGUAGCCCAGCGUGUAUUGUCCCAGUCGCAGCACGUGGAGCUUACCCCGAAACAUGUGGAGACAUUCGUGACUACGUGGAAGCAGUUGCUUGAGGUUGCUGGGAGGGACAAGGACAUAGAGAAUGUCCGUGUGCAGUUUUACAAGGCCACCGCUGCGUGGUUGAGAUUGUUUGCGUCCGAGCUUUGUCUGGUGGAUGCAGCGGCCUUUGAGGCGGUGGUGAGGGAUACCGUGGGCGACGCAAUGGCCAACGAGACAUCAAAUUUAGUCCGCCAUGAGUUGGAAAAGAUCCAGGAAUGGCAGACCGAAUGAAUGGAGUAACAUAGCUUGGGGUUUGAGACCGAAGGGAUGAUUACAUUUAUGGGGGGGGGGGGGGGGGGGGGG